AUGUCUAACCGAUCUCGAUUUGCUUGCGAACGGUGCAAGCGUUCCAAGCGGAAAUGUGACGGAAUUCCUGACGUGAAAGGUUGUACGGUAUGUCGUAAGGCUGGCUUGGAGUGUUCCAUAUUGCACCACCAAGAACAGACGGCGAAAUACAUCGCGCAGUUGGAGGCUAAGAUCAAGUAUCUAGAGUCGAAUGCUCACUCAGAAACCGCAGAUCCGACGCUCAAAUUGGUGUCUAACCCUCCUCGUGUCAAAGAACGAGCGGAGAAGUCACCCUUUGGCCCCAGUCUGUCAUUUAUAUUCCGCAGAGCCCUUGAUGGCUCUCCGUUGAACGAAUAUCAAGAUAAAUUUGUGCCAGAAGCCUUGGAAUCUCCGCCUUCCAAAACAGGUCCGCCAGAUUACACGCGUUUGAUCGAAGACGACGAAAUGGGCAAACGUCUCAUCGAGUCGUGCAUGAAACUUAUGUUUUCUCGCUUCCCUUUUCUUCACAGAGAAUAUGCUUACCAAUUACACCGGAAUAGAAAAGAAGUGUUACAGACACCAGAAACCAGACAGGACGCGAUCAAAAGGUUUGCCCUGCUUAUGAUAUACGCCAUUGGUCUGCGCGUCACCCAGAUGAUCAAGGCAGAAACGCUCGAAGGGUUUACCUACUAUAAUGCUGACGACAUAUAUGCCGAUGCUUCACAGGAUCUGGAGCGAAUUUGCGCCGUCGUGGAUAUCGACGCCGUGAGGUGUCUGAUUCUGGUGGCAUAUUUCAUGCUCCGCUCCUCGCGCAGUCACCAGAUAUGGCAUCUUUGUGGUCUUAUAAUACGUCUCUGUGUGGACUUAAAUUUGCACCGUCGUGAGAGCGGACCUGUUCCUAUUGAAGAGCUGCACGAGUCUGUGAUGCGCCGCCGUGUCUUUUGGAGUGCCUAUGUGAUUGAGAGAAGCAUUUGCAUGCACUUUGGACGGCCAAUGUGUCUCUCUGACUACGACAUCGAUGCGGAAUUACCAUAUAAUAUAGAUGACUCUGUGACAGACUGUCAUGAACUGGACGACAUCAUCAACAAACACCCAGAAAAAAUGGGCCCGACUGUCAUCACGGACAUGACGGUUGGCAUAUGUCUCAUCCAGCUGCGGCGAAUAGACUCUGUUAUCCAGCACAGCAUCUACCGUGUUGACCAGGAACGGGACAUUGUGACAUUAUUGAAAGAUAUCGGAGUGAUGUACGAGAGAGUGCAGCAAUGGAAGAACGACCUGCCCGCCUUCGAUGAAGAGCACAACCAGCUGUUCAUGACACUCCUGUACCACAAGACUAUGCGGAUACUGCUUGUUCCUCUAAUUUCGAAAGAUAUCGAAGUCUCAAGCUCACCCGAAGCGCAGUUCUUUGUCGACCAGUGCGUCAAGUCAUGCGGUACAAUAUGCCUGCUUGCAAAACGUCUUAUACAGCUCGAAUGGUACUGCCACAGCUUCAUCGCUAUACACACUCUCUUUGUGAGCGCAAUGACUUUGAUAUACUGUCUUCUUACGGGACGGCUGGAAUGGACUGUCGAAAUAUCGACAUGUUUGCAAUCGUGCUCUACCGCACUAUUUGUGGUUGGGGAGCGAAUGCCUUUCACGAAAUCGUUUUUACGGGACGCUUAUGAACGCGUGCUGAACAAAACAAUGGAGCAAAUGUCGAAGAAAGACACUAACAACAAGACAAAAAAUUACCGCAUUGGAGGCAUCAACGUUCUCGAUAAGCCUACUGAACUGGAAUUUCCCCUCUUUCAGGAGCAGAAAUACUCGGAGCUGGACCUAAACGAGUCACUUAAUACCCCGAUACUCAACGAUUUUGAUGAGCUAUGGCAAAUAAUCAGCGAUCAGCGGCCUUUCGGAAUUGAAGGAAACGUCGCUCUCAAUGAGUUCAACUACGGUCUGGACAAUGGAUAUCAAUACUAA